AUGAAUCCAAGGAGUAUAUUUGUUACAUGCGGAGCCACGGUUCCAUUCCCUAAGUUAGUUGAAUCAAUAAUAUCUAAUGAAUUUGUGGAAUAUAUUGUAAAAGAUUAUAAAUUCAAUAAACUUGUUAUUCAGUAUGGGUUAGGAUACAGUGAGCAGUUCCAGAGAUUGAUGUCUAAGUUAUAUGGGAAGGAUAUAAUAUGUAAGAGGACAAAUCAUGAAUAUAGACAACAUAAUAGCCAUGAUAAUGAAGAUGGAAAUGGGAAUGAGAUUGUAAAUGGGGGAUUCUAUUUUGAGUAUAAGAUAAUGAAAUGGGAUUUUGUUAUUAUUGGGUUAGAAUACUCUAAUAAUGUGCAAGAAUUAAUAUCUGAAUCACGUUUAGUUAUAUCACACGCGGGCACAGGAUCGAUCCUCGACACUUUGAGAUAUAAGAAAAAGAAUAAUAAUAAUAAUAAUAAUAAAAAUGCUGGUGAAGAAGAUAAUAUUAGAAGAGUGUCGAUACCGCUGAUUGUUGUUAUUAACGAUCAGUUAAUGGAUAAUCAUCAAGAACAGAUAGCAAAUAAGUUUUCUGAAAGAAAGUAUCUUAUAGCAUGUCAUAGUGAUGGCAUGAUUCUUAAGGAGUUGAUGCAAGGUAUUUCUGAUUUAGAGACGGAUAAAAUAAAAUUAGAACCAUUUCCACAAUCAUACAACGAACAAUUUGCUGAAAUGCUAGUUGCUGUAUCUAAACACUAA